AAGGGUGAGAGGCAACUUCGAUCUGCUUGGCACCACGCUGCCGACUAGAGUGUGACGGGCUGGAGUGCGCAGCUUCUCUGCGCUCAAGCUCUUCUCGGCCAGAGCGAGCGCCUCCCGCCCGCCUCUGCCCUUCCCAUACCCUGGCCUCGCCCGACCAGACAGACCAGCGCGACACGGCCAUGGCGCCGCGCGCCUUGGCCCUCCUCGCCCUGGCAGCCUUGCCGCGGGCGGCCGCGCUCCAGGCCGGCGGCGCCGCCCCGGCCAGCGGCGCCGCUCUCGAUGGAGCGGCCGGCGGGCCCCUCCCUCCGGACGACGUGCUGAUCUUCGACGUGACGCUGCGCCACGUCGGCUCCGUGGAGGCCCCUGAGGCGCCAGCGGCCGCGCCAGCGGCCGCGUCCGAGGCUGGCGGCCUGGCCACGCGGCCGGCGGGGCCGGGCCGCUCGCGCAGAACGGCACGCUCCGCAGUUGGCUGGACGGCCUGCUGCACAGCGCGCAGGUGCGGAGCGACCCGGGCGUCCAGAAGAUGUUCGCGCUCGUGCCCGGCCUGGAGGGCGCGCUCCAGGGGCCGGACGCGCUGCAGCAGGCGUUCAGCCCGAGGAUGAUCGAUGCGCUGCAGCGCGGCUUCGACGGCUCGCUUCCCGCGACCACCUCGAGGGACGCGAAGGGCCGCGAGAGGGUGGACCUCGGAGACGGGCUGGUGAUCACCCGCCUCGCGCCCGGGGCCAACGGGAGCUCUCCCGUGGACGACGACUCGGUCUCGCUGGAGUACAGGGCCUUCACCAGGGAUGGCGACGAGUACGCCUCGUCCCGCAGCCUGGGCCCCCUGAACUUCACGCUGGGGGACCCGGGCCUCAUCCCCGGGCUGGCCAGGGCGGUGAGGCACAUGACCCUCGGGGAGCGCGUGCUCGUCCGGCUGCCCAGGCAGCUCCUCGGGGGUCGGCGGACCCCAUCCCGCCCGAGGAGCCCCUCCCUCCGGACGACGUGCUGAUCUUCGACGUGACGCUGCGCCACGUCGGCUCCGUGGAGGCCCCUGAGGCGCCAGCGGCCGCGCCAGCGGCCGCGUCCGAGGCUGGCGGCCUGGCCACGGCCGGCGGCGCCAGGCCGCUCGCGCAGAACGGCACCCUCCGCGGCUGGCUCGACGGCCUGCUGCACAGCGCGCAGGUGCGGGGCGACCCGGGCGUGCAGAAGAUGCUGGGCGUGCCGCUGCGCGAGGUCGGCUCCGUGCAGACGCCCCCGGCGGGCGGCGCCCAGUAGCACGCGCCGCUCGAGUCCGGGGCGCUCGUGCGCCCGGCACGGCGGCACCGCUUGCCCGCACUCUCUCCUCCCUCUGUUCGCUGCGCCCCGGCGCGGCCGCGCUCCAGGUGGCGCCGCUUCAGGGAAAACGGCC